AUGAAAGCACAAGAGAUACUAGAUUCCCGAUGGAUCACUGGACCACCAUUUCUUUGGGAGAAAGAAACACAGUGGCCUACCAGCAACGAAGAUCACAACCUUCAGGAUAGCGAUCCAGAAGUAAAGUCUGUCGCCAUGGCAACCGCCCAGGAAGCCACAGAAAAGUUAACAGAGAAGUUAACCCUUGAAGAGAGAAUAGAAUAUUUUUCUGACUGGUAUCGAGCGAAACGCGCAGUUGCCGUUUGUCGACGCUACGUCGGAUUCCUGAAAGAGCGCGUACCCAAGAAACGUGGUAACAACGAAGAACUUCAAGAAGUUAAGGUCGAAGACUUGGAAAGCGCAGAGCGCGCAACAAUUCGUGCAGUACAGUUAAAGGCCUUUAAAGAAGAAAUAGCAACUUUGAGGAACAUGAAGCAAGAAAACACAGACAAAGAAAGUAGAGUCCUCACACGGCAAAGAAAAACUAGCAUGAAAACAGGUAGUUCGCUUUACAAGCUUGAUCCAUUUCUAGAUGUUAACGGAAUUUUGCGAGUUGGUGGACGUCUCAGACGGGCAACCCUAGUUGAUGACAUCAAGUUCCCCAUCAUACUUCCGCGAGACAGUCAUGUUACCCACCUGGUCGCUAAACAUUAUCACCAAUGCAUACAUCACCAAGGCAAGGGAAUGACCUUAAAUGAAAUACGCUCGAAUGGUUUUUGGAUACUCGGAGGUUCAUCGAUAGUCACCAACUUGAUUUCGUCUUGCGUCAAGUGCCAGAGACUCCGCGGUUCAGUUCAAGAGCAAAGAAUGUCAGAUCUACCUGAAGACCGCCUUGAAUCCACACCACCUUUCACUUAUUGCGCCGUGGAUUACUUUGGGCCCUUCAUUGUUAAAAAUGGUCGUACAGAGCUGAAACGCUAUGGUGUCCUCUUUACCUGCUUGGCGUCGAGAGCUAAACACCUCGAGAUCGCUUACUCGCUCGAGACUGACUCCUUCAUCAAUGCCUUGAGGAGAUUCACUAGUCGCCGUGGUCCCAUCCGCCAGCUAAGGAGUGACCAGGGUACAAACUUCGUUGGAGCUCGUAAAGAACUUACCCAAGCGCUAGCUGAGAUGGACCAAGAGAAGUUAAAAACGACUCUACUAGAAGAACAGUGCAAUUGGUUUUCCUUCAAGAUGAACGUCCCGGCAGCGAGCCACAUGGGAGGAGCUUGGGAGCGCCAAAUUAGAUCCGUGCGUAACGUUCUCUCAUCACUAUUGCAGGAUAACGGCAAACGGCUGGACGAUGAGUCUCUUAGAACCUUGAUGUGUGAAGCCGAAGCAAUAGUCAAUAGUCGCCCUUUGACAGUGAACCAACUUGCUGAUCCAGAUUCGACAAGUCCUUUAACCCCUAACCAUGAAGUCAAAGGUUGUUUUUGCUCCGCCAGGCGCGUUCCAGCCAUCAGACGCUUAUUUCAGGAAGCGCUGGAGGCGAGUCCAACACCUGGCGAGCGAGUUCUGGACUCGCUGGAAAAAGGAAUUUCUUCUCAGUCUCCAGGAUCGGCAGAAGUGGACGCGCAAUCGGAGAAAUUUACAAGUUGA